UCUGUACGUUCCCUUGCUUUUGUCUCUCUUGUUUUGACAGAAUUGGAAGCAACGGAGUGGUAGAGUCGGAAUUGAGGGAGAGAGGGGGAGAGGUGAGAGAGAGGGAUCGGAGGCAGAAUCGAGAGAGAGAGAGAGAGAGAGGUGGAGGGCAAGGACUAAGAGCCCUCCAUCUCAGUUUAAGUUCAUUACUCGCCCCGUUCUCGAAAGAGCUGCACCCCCAAUCCUUCCUCUUCUCUCUUCCUCCUUCCUCUGAAGGGAGAGAGAGAGAGAGAGAGGCCAGUGCAUGCGUUUCUCUGUUACCCUUUCUCUCUCUAGACGCCUACUGAACUGAUUAACCUCUCUCUAACCCUUUUUUUUUUUUCUCUGCAUUUCUCUAUCGACGACCAUUGGAUCCAAUUUUUCAUCCUGCAAUUUCUUGUAGCCCUCGACAACAAUGCUUGUCGAGGUGCUCGAUCAUUGAUGCGAAGAUCAAACCCUAGGCUUGCAACUGUUUCAUGCAUCAGUGUCUUGCCAUUAAUGGAUUCUCCAAAGCUCCAAACCCUUCGUCCUAAUCAAUCCCAAUUGCCUCCUCGUCUCCAUCUCCUAUCACGACUUUCUUCGACGAAUUUGAAGCAGGCGAAUCAAACCAGAGGAAACCCAUUGCUAUUCAUCGCCGUCUCUGCCACUUUUGCCCUAUUCUUCUACCUGAUCGCUCUGGCAAAGGGUUUCAAUUUCAAUCUGGGGUUUCAUCAAGCGAAGAGAUUUGGGAUUGUUAUUGAUGGUGGGAGCACCGGAACUCGAAUUCACGUGUUCGAAUUCUCGAGCAAAGGUGGGGUUCCAUUCUUCAAUUUCGAAGGACAGGGUUUGUCUUCUAUGAAAAUUAAUCCUGGAUUAUCAGCAUUUGAGAAGGACCCAGAAGGUGCAGGGGAUUCUUUAAUGGAUCUUUUGGAGUUUGCAAAAACUAGGGUUCCAAAUGAUCAAUGGGGCGAUACAGAGAUCAGGCUCAUGGCCACAGCUGGUCUGAGAAUAUUGAGCCCUAAUUCACAACAACUCAUAUUGGAAUCGUGCAGAAAUGUUCUUAGAAUGUCGGGUUUUCGUUUUCAGGAUGAAUGGGCUUCAGUUAUAACAGGUUCUGAUGAAGGUCUUUAUGCUUGGGUUGCUGCAAAUUAUGCUCUUGAUACAUUAGGUGGUGAUCCAUUGGAAACCUCUGGGAUAAUUGAACUUGGUGGGGCUUCUGCUCAGGUGACAUUUGUUCCAAGAGAGCCACCACCCCAUGAAUUUUCUCGAACAAUUAGAUAUCGAGGAGUCACUUACAAUUUGUACAGCCAUAGCUUGCUUCAUUUUGGUCAGAACGUGGCAUAUGACUCACUACAGACACUGUUGAUUUCUAGAGGCCUGAAAUCAGCUUCAAGUUCUGUCCGACAAAGAAAACUGAUAGAUCCUUGUACUCCUACUGGAUAUCAUCAUGAUUUGGAUAUGUUGAAGAUGUCAAUUGUUGUGCCGUAUGCGAAUAAUGGGAGUCUUCCCUCUGUUCAUGCAGUGGGUAAUUUCACAGAGUGCAGAUCUGCUGCCUUGAUGCUGUUACAGAAAGGGAAAGAGGAAUGCUUGUAUCAUCACUGCAAUAUAGGUUCGGCUUUCAUUCCAGAGCUGCGAGGGAAGUUUCUUGCAACAGAAAACUUCUUCUAUACUUCAAAGUUUUUUGGUUUGGAUCCAAAAGCCUCUCUCUCGGAUUUGGUGAAAGCUGGAAAGCACUUUUGUGAAGAAGAAAGUUGGUCAAAUUUAAAGAAAAGAAAUCGGGGUUUGAAUGAGGAUGAGUUGCUGAAGUACUGUUUCUCUUCAGCAUAUAUUGUAGCAUUACUGCAUGACAGUCUUGGAAUUUCCAUGUAUGAUAAAAGGAUUGAUUUUGUAAAUCAAAUUCAGAACAUUUCACUCGACUGGGCAUUGGGAGCGUUCAUUCUUCAUGCUUCAUCAAACACAGAAUUAGCGCAUCCAAACCACCAGACCAGUGGUGAUGAGAACCUCACCUUCUUGGCCCUUAUCCUUGUUUCUGCCUUAAUAGUUGUUGCAGCAUGGUAUAUAUCGAGAUGGAGAAAACCCCAACUAAAGACUAUAUAUGAUCUAGAGAAUGGGCGUUACAUUGUUACUAGGGUCAGUAGGUGAUCGGCAAAUCUUGGAGCUUGAUCUUGGGAUCUCUACCAAUAAAAUACUAAACUAAAUCAUGUGUAUUUUUUUAACUGUGCCCAACAUGACAUUGCACUAUAUUUAUGGGCACUAUAGUUUUGAAUUUCCCAUGGUUCUCCAUUGAGAAAAUUGGUUGCUGGGUUUGUUUAUACCAAAGAUCCCUUGUAUAUACUGCAGAUCAGAUUAUCAAGGAGCUAUCCAUACCCUUCAUAUCUGUGCUUGCUAGGUUCGAAAGUUGGAAUUUAUAGAGAAGGGCUUUGUUGUAGAUAAAGGGGGGAGUCCCACAGAUGAUGGGAUUAAGGUCAAAUGUUGUGAUUUCUACCCAAUUUAAUGAAUUUAGCUGGUCAUUGUUUUUGUC